CGCUACAUGCGCGGACGAGGAGGAGUUUAGUCCAAAACAACGAUAAUUUAACGCAAAAGAAAGAGCUCCAGGGUUAUUAAACGACAUUGAAGCAAUUAGCAUUAUUCGUUUGAACUGCUCUGGAACAAUUAGUCAGGAAAACUGCAGCUAUUUACUCGUUUGCUUCUUAAAAUGUGCAGAAGUAAAUCCUGUCCAUCAGGAAAACUAUGUGAAGCUGCCGAUAACUUCAUGAUGAAACAUUAAUGCGGACUUCAUUACAGAGGAGACUGAAGAUAUGAGAGAUUCAGAGUCAUCACAAAGAGACUCUGAGGAUGCAACAGAGGACAACCAAGAACCAGAUGAAGACUACCAAGACUAUCAGAAGACCCAAAACAUUGCAGAUGGCGAACAAUCAGAAAACACAAGUCAAGAAAAACCGACGAGAUCUGAAGCGCGACCUUUUAGAUGCCUGCAGUGUGGAAAGACCUUCAAAAGAGCUACGGAUGUGAAAAGUCACCUGCGCUAUCAUUCCGGCGAGAGACCGUACACCUGCGAUCAAUGCGGGAAGAAGUUCAUCCUAGCGUCGCAUCUAAAGACUCACCUGUCCGUGCACACCAACGAGAAGCCCUUCCUGUGCUCGGUUUGCGGCAAGAGUUUUACGCGGCUCUUCACGUUUAAAGAUCACGAGAACAUCCACAGCGGCGUCCGGGCGUUCACCUGCCCCGACUGCGGGAACACCUUCAUCACCGCAAACGCACUGAAGAUGCACCAGCGGGUUCACACCGGCGAAAAACCCUACAAGUGUUCACACUGCGGCCGCAGAUUCAGCCAUUCAGGAGGAUUGCGGCGACACGAGCGCAUUCACACCGGAGAACGGCCGUAUCACUGUCCUCUCUGCGGACGGAGAUUCACUCAAUCCAGCAACCUACUAACACACGCCAAACGCCACUGUCCGAAGUCCCGCUAGCAGAACGAUAAUCACUGAUGUUAACACUUAUAUAAGAGUUGUUGUCUUGUUUUUUGACCACAUAUCUUAAAAUUUCUAUGAACCGGAAGCUGCAAAUGUUUUUUUUGUUCUUAUUGUGAUGCAGAGAAACAGAAUAUUAAAUGAGAAAACAGUG